UUCCCCCAGUCAGAGCGGAGCGAGCCGAGGCAGAGACGAAGAAACAAGAUGGCGGCCGGUGGCGAUCCGGAGCGGGACGCCGGCAAUUCGGAUUGAGCCCUCGGCCCUCACAGCUCCGGCGGCCCCCCUCCCCGGCCCGGAUCCCUCGCAGGGGAGGGAGCUUUCCCGUAGCCGCCUGUCCGGACUCCGAGCGCCCUCCCGAGCCUUCCUUCCCCCUCCCUUCCCCCCUCGGCCAGCGCCCAGAGAUGCGGGGCCGGCGAGGCAGGCCGCCCAAGCAGCAGCAGCCGGCGGCGGGCACCGCUCAGGCGAGCUCCCCGGCUCCGCCCGCCCCGGCGGGCCCCAUCGGGGGGCUGAGGUCCCGGCAGCGGGGCAGCAGCCGCGGCAGGUGGGCGACCUCGGCCCAGGCGGAGACGGCGGGGCCCAAGGCGAAGGGAGCCGCGGCUGCCCAGGCCUCUUCCCCCGCCACCGCCUCCCCCAGGGGGGGCAGCAAGAGGAAGGGAGGCAGCGGCGGCAGCAGCACCCCUGGUGGGGGAGGCAGCAGCGGUAAGGGCAGGGGCAGGGCCGGGGCUGGAGGAGCAGGGGGAGGAGGCGGAGGAGGCAGCUGCAACAGCCAAGGCAGGGCUGCCUCGUCCAGGAGGAGCAUCAGCAAAGUGGUGUACGAUGAUCAUGAGAGCGAAGAGGAGGAGGAGAGCAUGGUGUCCGAGGAGGAAGAGGAGGGAGACCCCGAGGAUAACCAGGACUCCGAGGAGGAAGAGGAAGAGGAGAUAAUGGAGGAGGAGGACGACGACGACUCCGACUACCCCGAGGAGAUGGAGGAUGAAGACGAUGCCAGUUAUUGCACUGAGAGCAGCUUCAGGAGCCACAGCACCUACAGCAGCACCCCAGGUAGGAGAAGACAAAGAGUGCAUCGUCCUCGUUCUCCAAUAUUGGAAGAGAAAGAUAUCCCGCCCUUGGAGUUUCCUAAAUCCUCAGAGGACUUAAUGGUGCCUAGUGAGCAUAUAAUGAAUGUUAUUGCCAUCUAUGAGGUACUGAGGAACUUUGGCACUGUUUUACGCCUCUCUCCUUUUCGUUUUGAGGACUUCUGUGCUGCUCUGGUAAGUCAAGAGCAGUGCACACUUAUGGCAGAGAUGCAUAUAGUGCUUUUAAAAGCAGUUUUGCGUGAAGAAGACACUUCAAAUACUACCUUUGGACCUGCUGACCUCAAAGAUAGCGUUAAUUCCACUUUGUAUUUCAUAGAUGGAAUGACGUGGCCAGAGGUUCUGCGGGUAUAUUGUGAGAGUGACAAGGAAUACCAUCAUGUUCUUCCUUUCCAAGAGACAGAGGACUAUCCUUAUGGACCAGUAGAGAAUAAAAUCAAAGUCCUGCAGUUCUUAGUGGAUCAGUUUCUUACAACAAACAUUGCACGUGAAGAGUUAAUGUCAGAAGGUGUCAUUCAGUAUGAUGAUCAUUGUAGGGUUUGUCACAAACUUGGGGAUUUGCUUUGCUGUGAAACGUGUUCAGCCGUGUACCAUUUGGAGUGCGUGAAACCACCUCUUGAAGAGGUCCCAGAAGACGAGUGGCAGUGUGAGGUCUGCGUAGCACACAAGGUGCCUGGAGUAACUGACUGUGUCGCUGAAAUCCAAAAAAACAAACCGUACAUUCGACACGAGCCGAUUGGAUAUGACCGGCAUAGGCGAAAAUACUGGUUCCUGAACAGAAGAAUCAUUAUAGAGGAAGAUUCAGAAAGUGAGAAGGAUAAGAAAAUCUGGUACUAUAGCACAAAGAUACAGCUGGCAGAGUUAAUCGAAUGCCUGGACAAAGAUUACUGGGAAGCUGAUCUAUGCAAAACUCUGGAAGAAAUGCGUGAAGAAAUUCAUCGGCACAUGGAUGUGACAGAAGACCUUACUAAUAAAGCAAGGGGCAGCAACAAGUCUUUCCUUUCUGCAGCAAAUGAUGAAAUUUUGGACGUUAUCAGAGCAAGAAAAGGAGAAAUAGUGGAAGAUAAAACCGCAGCAGAUGAUGAAGCAGAAAAGGCCAAAAGUGACGUUGAUAAUGACCAGACAGAUGCUGAGAGAGGCAAGGAAGAGUCUGGAGAGCAAGAUAAAACGGAGGAAACACCCACUGAGCAAGAUGGGGAAAAAGCGAAAACAGAAGAGGCAACAGUCGUUGGGGAUAAAAGUAACUGUGUGACAUCAAGCACUGAUGACAACACCACAAAUCCUUCUGCAGGAGAGACUAGUUGCUCUGAAGGGAAGGACGCAAUGGGGUGUCAGUCAGAAACCCUUGAUAGCAACAACGUGGCAGAGAAGAAGGUGGCAUCAGAGCUCCCCCAGGAACUCUCAGAAGAGACUGGGCAGAUGAUCCCAAGCAACAGCAGCAGCACAUCUGCUGCAGCUCUGCAGCCAGAUGUUGAGAACGGCAGCGGGAGCGAGUUGGGCUCUGGACAGAACGACUCCAUUAAGACACCUGAAGAUGCUGAAAAUGCAGAGGGGGGAUCCCACACUUCAGAGGACAUAGGAGAGAAAUCGAACGGUGAAAGAAGUGACUCUCCAGGCGCGGGAAAAGGCACGCCAGGUUCGACGCGAAUGCUCACAAGAUUACGAAAUCCAGAUAGCAAGUUGAGCCAGAUGAAAAGCCAGCAGGUUGCUGCUGCGGCACAUGAAGCAAAUAAGUUGUAUAAAGAAGGCAGAGAGGUUUGUGCACAUCUUGGAAAACUCAAAGAAGUUCUGGUGGUCAACUCUCAAGGUGAAGUCUCCCGAGUGAAUGCAAAGAAAGAAGUUGUGAUGAAAGGAAAUAUCAACAAUUAUUUCAAAUUAGGGCAAGAGGGGAAGUAUCGUGUUUAUCACAAUCAAUACGCCACUAAUUCGUUCGCACUGAACAAGCACCAGCACAGGGAGGACCACGACAAGAGACGACAUCUCUCGCAUAAGUUCUGUCUGACUCCUGCUGGAGAGUUCAAGUGGAAUGGGUCUGUACACGGGUCCAAAGUUCUCACCAUAUCCACUUUGAGGCUCACUAUUAUUCAGCUAGAAAACAAUAUCCCGGCAUCAUUCCUUCACCCUAACUGGGCUUCGCACAGGUCUAACUGGAUUAAGGCUGUUCAGAUGUGCAGCAAACCUCGAGAAUUUGCACUAGCGCUGGCCAUAUUGGAAUGUGCAAUUAAACCAGUGGUCAUGCUGCCGAUCUGGCGGGAAUCGUUGGGGCACACUAGGUUACGCAGAAUGACAGCAAUAGAAAGAGAAGAAAAGGAGAAAGUGAAAAAAAAAGAGAGAAAACAAGAAGAAGAAGAAACAAUGCAGCAAGCUACAUGGGUGAAAUAUACAUUUCCUGUCAAACAUCAGGUUUGGAAGCAAAAAGGAGAGGAAUAUAGAGUAACGGGAUAUGGCGGCUGGAGCUGGAUUAGUAAAACACACGUGCACAGGUUUAUUCCCAAACUGCCUGGCAAUACUAAUGCGAAUUACAGAAAGUUGCUACCAACAAAGAGUGAAGAUGAAAAAUGCAACUUGGAUAAACGAAAAGGUCCAAUUAAGGUGAAAGCGGAGAAAGAUAGAACAAAGGAGUCUCUUGAUCUGCAAGCAAAAGACAAAGAUGACAUUUCAGAAACCUUGGGGAAAGUACAAGUGAAAGAAGAAAAGUCACAUGAAGAAAAACUAGAAGUUGAUAUCAUUUCCAAAAACGUAGAUCGUGCAAAAGACAAAGUGGAAAAAGAAAUCGAUGGUGAAAAUGAUAAAGUCAUCAAGGAAGAGCCGAUGGAUGUAGAUGAUGUGAAAAUUGAAUCCCCCGUAAAAGAUGAAGAUAGUGAUUGUAAACUGGAUAUAAUCAAUGUCAGCGAGGGAUUUCAUUUACGGACUUGCUACAAAAGGAAAGUAAAAUCAUCCAAAUUAGAUGGACUACUUGAGAGGCGAAUAAAACAGUUUACACUAGAAGAAAAACAGCGUUUAGAAAGGAUGAAACUGGAGGCCAGUGCUAAAAUGGCCGGCGUUCAAUCUGUAAGUGCCCAGAAAAACAUAGAUGAGCUGCAAAUGAGGAAAGUACAAGAAGGAAGCCAGUUUGACUUGUCUUCCCAAGACCAAACCUAUAUCUCAGAUAAAACUCAAAGCGAAGACGCGGAACAGGACUGCUUGCCCAUCAGCGGCAUCUCUUGUACCAAAAGCGGUGAGCUGGAGCCCUCUUCACCUUUGACAAACAGGCUGCCGAAAAGAGAAGGCCGGCUACGGGAUGAAGACUCCCCCCAGUCCUCUGAAGGUGAAAACUCUGUUCAGAACGAUGGUAAAGAAAACAACCCUGAAUCUCUGAAUGCUGAGAAGUGUCAAGAUGCUCUUGGAGAGUCUGAGAGUUCCUUUGUGGAUGGCUUGAAAGAAACAAAUGCAGAAGGUAGAAGGAAAUGGGAUGUUUUGGAAACAAGUGGAAAACCUUUGAAACAAAAACUACCUAUUACCAGAGUGUCUCAGUGUGAACGUGAGAACUUAGAGCUGGCGGUAACUGAAAGCAGCUGUAGGAAGGAUGCUCGGGCCACUCUUGGAAAAACGGAUUCAGCAGAGAAUUCUGAACAACAGAGCAAAGAUUCAGAAAACAACUGUACGAUAAAAACCCAUAUUGAACCGACGUCCUCUCAAGAAAGUGAAAUGGAGGAAGAAAUUACUCCAGGAAAGACUGAAAGUAAAUCCGAACCCAAGAUUGCAUUUCACCAAAAAUCAGGUAGUAAAGGUCUGGAACACGCUGAUGAGGAUUUACUGAGCUCUAAACUAACUGAGGCGAACGGUCAAAAGCAAGGCCAGGAACUGAAAGUGGAGACAAGCACCAUCAACAAAUAUCUUGAUCAGACAAAUCUAAAUAGCGUUAGUGACAGAAAGAAUAGCAAAGAUGAAGAAACCAAGAGAGACUUAGAAAAAGGAAAAUCGGCAGUUCAAAUGAAUGGAAAAGACAACGACAUUAAAGUAUUAUCAAACGAUGGCUGCUUAGCUAAAGACACAUGCGAAACUAAGGCAGGAGGUGAUAUUGAGCCGAAAGUUAAUAAUAUUAAUAGAUCCAUUCCAGAACAUGAAAUAAAACCAUUGACUUAUAAGGAAUCUUCAGUAAAACCAUUCAUGAAUGGUGACAUCAUGACGGAGGACACAAAGGACAAAAAUAAGUCAAGUCUGCAGAGUUCACCUGAGUUUGAAUCUGGAGAGAGUCUUCAGUCACCAGAAGAAAAACAGCUUUCUCCUGAGAGAUGUGCCUUUGGCGCAGCUUCCACGCCAACGCACGCUGCCUGUAGAGAAAAUAACCUGAACAGUGAAACGGAAUCUAUGGAAACUGAAGUAAUUGAGGAUAAGAAAGUUGCUCCAUCACCUGUAACCUCAUGUGAGGAAUCGAGCUUGAGUAGUGACUUUGCUGAUCAGAACGGCGUACAGACCUAUAAAACGGAGAAUGUUAACGGAGAAAGUAAAAUAAAAACCGUCAUUACUGAAGUGACUACGACAACAUCAACUGUGUCUACGGAAUCCAAAACUGUGUUUAAAGUUGCAGAGACUGUAGCUUCUAAUGAUGAGAAAACAACAGUGGUAUCCUCAACGGAAAACUGUGCCAUAUCCACCGUAACCACCACCACCACCGUCACCAAGCUCACCGCUCCGGCCGUGGACAGUAACGUCGACGUCAUUUCUGUGCAAGAACACAGUAAAACGGUGGUUACGACAACGGUGACGGAUUCGCUGACCACCCCAGAAGGAACGCUGGUGACUUCCAUGACUGUCAGCAAAGAAUAUUCUACUAAAGACAAAGUGAAGUUAAUGAAAUUUGCAAAACCCAAAAAAACUCGUUCUGGAACGGCGUUACCAUCAUAUAGAAAAUUUGUUACCAAAAGCAGUAAAAAAAGCAUAUUUGUUUUGCCCAAUGAUGACUUAAAAAAGCUGGCCAGAAAAGGAGGGAUCCGAGAAGUUCCCUAUUUCAAUUACAAUGCAAAGCCUGCCUUGGAUAUCUGGCCAUAUCCAUCCCCAAGGCCAACUUUUGGGAUCACUUGGAGGUACCGACUCCAAACAGUAAAAUCACUGGCUGGAGUGAGCCUCAUGUUGCGGUUGCUGUGGGCAUGCCUCAAAUGGGAUGAUAUGGCAGCAAAAGCUCCACCCGGGGGAGGAACUACACGUACAGAAACAACUGAAACUGAAAUUACAACAACAGAAAUAAUCAAGCGAAGAGAUGUUGGUCCGUAUGGAAUCCGGUCAGAGUACUGUAUAAGAAAAAUUAUAUGUCCCAUUGGUGUACCAGAGGCUCCAAAAGAAACUCCAACGCCCCAGAGGAAGGGACUGCGGUCAAGUGCACUAAGGCCAAAAAGGCCAGAAACACCCAAGCAAACAGGCCCUGUUGUAAUUGAGAGCUGGGUAGCAGAGGAGGAAUUGGAGCUGUGGGAGAUCAGGGCCUUUGCUGAAAGGGUGGAGAAGGAAAAGGCCCAGGCAGUUGAACAACAGGCUAAGGUUAGUGAACAGAAGAAGGCAGAGGAAUUCAAGGCCCAAUUGGAGGCUCAACUAAAACACCAACGAUUGGCUGCCCAGCAGAAGCGGCUGGAGCAGCAGAAGCAGAUCCCCGCGGCCGGCGUGGCCCCGGCGGUCACCACGGCCAGCAGCACGGCCACCACCGGCUCCACCCCGCAGAAGGUGGUGGUGGGUCCCUUGGCGGGCCCGGUGCCCACGGGAACCAAAGUAGUGCUGACUACGAAAGUGGGUUCUCCAGCUACAGUAACAUUCCAGCAGAACAAGAAUUUCCAUCAGACUUUUGCUACUUGGGUUAAACAAGGCCAAUCUUCAACGGCCACUAGCACAGCUGCCAGCUCAGCCACAACCAUUGCCAGCACAGGGCAGACCUUCCAGAUCUCAGGCAGCCCAGUAACGAUGGCAGGGAAAGUGAUAACUAAGCUGCCACUCCCUGCAAACAGCAAGAUUGUUGCCGUCAAUGUGCCAUCAACUCAAGGAGGUGUUGUUCAAGUUCAGCAAAAGGUGUUGGGUAUCAUUCCAUCGACCACAGGUGCAAGUCAAACGUUUACUUCAUUCCAGCCGAGGACAGCAACCGUCACCAUUAGGCCAAAUACCACAGGGACAUUAGGAACCACAAGCACUUCACAAGUGGUGCAGGGGACACCGCUCCGCCCUGGGAUGACAGUAAUCCGGACACCACUGCAGCAGUCCACGCUUGGCAAGACCAUCAUCCGAACACCUCUGGUGGUGCAACAAGGUAUUCUUCCAGCCAGUCAGACGCAGCAAGUGGUGACUCAAAUCAUCAGGGGUCAGCCUGUCUCAACAGCAGUUUCUAGUACCAGCACAGCUUCUACCAGUGCUGGACAGAAAACCGUCACGAGUUCUGGGACACCACCCCAGCAAAUCCAGCCGCAGCCCGCACCGCAGCCCCCGCGCCCGCAGCAGGGGCAGGUGAAGCUCACGAUGGCCCAGCUCACGCAGCUCACGCAAGGACAGGGUGGCAGUCAAGGAUUAACUGUGGUAAUUCAGGGACAAGGUCAAACUACUGGUCAAUUACAAUUAAUCCCUCAGGGUGUGACUGUAAUACCUGGUCCAGGACAGCAGCUUAUGCAAGCAGCUAUGCCAAAUGGUACAAUUCAGAGAUUUCUUUUCACCCCGCUACCAGCAGCUGCUACUACAGCUAGCACAACUACAACAACAGUUUCCACUUCAACCUCAGCGGCAGGGGAGCAGAAGCAAGCUCUACAGGCCCCGCCAGCGCUGCCGCCGGCGCAGCCGCAGGCCCAGCAGCCAGCGCAGCCCCCAGCGCAGAGCCAGAGCGCCCAGCCAGUGCUGCCGGCCCAGCCCGCGCUCCAGCCUGAACCUCACACCCAGCCUGAAGCUCAGACUCCGGCGUCUGGUGACUCUCCGGUCACGCCUGAAGCACAAUCGUCUAAAUCUCCAGUUCAGUCUCCAGCACAGACCCAGGCUCAAGGGCAAUCUCCAGCGCAAGUGCCGAGCCAGGCGCAGCCUGCGGUCCCUCCACAAGGCCAGUCCCAAGUCCAGCCUCAGCAACCAGCUCAGGUGCAGACUACAACCCAACAACAGAUUCAGAUGCAGCCCCCUGCUCCCAUACAAAUUCAAGCUCAGCUGCAGCAAUCACAGCCUCAGGUUCAGACUUCGGUCUCAACCCUUCCAACUACUCAAAGUUUAAAUCAGGUUCCUGUGCAAUCCCCAACUCGUCCUCAGCUGCAACUUCAGCAGCCUCCAACAAAAGUUAUUACAGUGCCUCAGCUUCAGCAACAAGUGCAAGUUCUCUCUCAGCUCCAGCCGCAUGUUGUGGCUCAGAUACAAGCCCAACAAGGCAGUGUGCCCCAGCAGAUCAAGCUUCAGUUACCUAUUCACAUCCAACAAACUAGCCCAGUACAGGCUCACCAGAUUCAGAAUGUGGUGGCAGUUCAAGCAGCUAGUGUUCAGGAGCAGCUGCAGAGGGUUCAGCAGCUCAGGGAGCAGCAACAGAAGAAAAAGCAGCAACAGAUAGAAAUUAAACGUGAGCACACCCUUCAGGCUUCUAAUCAAAGUGACAUUAUCCAGAAACAGGUGGUUAUGAAACAGAAUGCUGUCAUAGAACACUUGAAACAGAAGAAGACGCUGACUCCAGCUGAGAGGGAAGAAAAUCAGAGAAUGAUUGUGUGCAACCAAGUGAUGAAAUAUAUUCUGGAUAAAAUAGACAAAGAAGAAAAACAGGCAGCUAAGAAACGAAAGCGAGAGGAGAGUGUAGAACAGAAGCGUAGUAAACAAAAUGCUACUAAACUCUCAGCUCUGCUUUUCAAGCAUAAGGAACAGCUGAAAGCUGAAAUAUUGAAAAAAAGAGCACUUCUGGACAAAGAUAUACAAAUUGAAGUGCAGGAGGAGCUAAAGAGAGACUUGGCUAAAAUUAAGAAAGAAAAAGAAAAAGCCCAGGCAGCUGCUGCUGCAGCCGCCGCUGCUGCAGCCGCCGCGGCCACCGCGCCGCCGCCACCCCCGCCACCAGCGCCACCAGUGCCACCGCCACAGCCCCACGCGGCCAGCGUCACCUCCUCCUCCUCCACCACCGUCCCAAUGCCCGUGUCCUCCCAGAAGAGAAAGCGAGAGGAGGAGAAGGAUGCGGCGGCUUCCAAGUCCAAGAAAAAGAAAAUGAUUUCUACUACCUCAAAGGAAACCAAGAAGGACACGAAGCUUUACUGCAUCUGUAAAACGCCUUAUGACGAGUCCAAGUUCUAUAUUGGCUGUGAUCUUUGUACUAACUGGUAUCAUGGAGAAUGUGUUGGCAUCACAGAAAAGGAGGCUAAGAAAAUGGAUGUGUACAUCUGUAAUGAUUGUAAACGGGCACAAGAGGGCAGCAGUGAGGAAUUGUACUGUAUCUGCAGAACACCUUAUGAUGAGUCACAAUUUUACAUUGGCUGCGACCGAUGUCAGAACUGGUACCACGGGCGCUGCGUCGGCAUCCUGCAAAGCGAGGCCGAUCUCAUUGACGAGUACGUGUGUCCGCAGUGCCAGUCCACGGAGGAUGCCAUGACUGUGCUCAGUCCCCUGACCGAUAAAGAUUAUGAAGGUUUAAGACGAGUCCUGCGUUCCUUACAGGCUCACAAGAUGGCGUGGCCGUUCCUAGAACCAGUAGACCCCAACGACGCACCAGAUUAUUAUGGUGUUAUUAAAGAACCGAUGGACCUGGCCACCAUGGAAGAAAGAAUACUGAAACGUUACUACAAAAAGGUCACGGAGUUUGUGGCAGAUAUGACCAAAAUUUUUGAUAACUGUCGUUACUACAAUCCGAGCGACUCCCCUUUUUACCAAUGCGCGGAAGUUCUUGAAUCGUUCUUUGUACAGAAACUAAAAGGAUUUAAGGCAAGCAGGUCCCAUAACAACAAACUGCAGUCUACAGCUUCUUAGAGUCCAGCGUGUUAACCUAACGCACGGGCAAGGAUCUGGUUGUCUGAACACUUUUAAUUAAGAAGCCAGAUGUUUUUAGUCGGGUUAUCCCGACGAGACUCGAUGUAAACUGCGUUUUUAUUGGUCACAACAGUCAAAUUCUAUUCUUGGCUUAUUUUGUCCAAAGGACAAAGAAAUCCAAAUCGGCAGCACCACUUUCUUGUCAAGAUCAAAUUGUUGUACUCUUGUGGCAGAAGCAGGAAAACUUGGUUUUGUUGGAGGAGAGAGAAAGAGAGCAAGACAAAAGAUACAGUAAAUGGGGUCCCGUUUAACUCCAUGGAAAUGCCACGUCUGUUCUUCAGUGAAGAAGCUGGUUUAAAGUCCACACAGAAAACUUUGACUGUAUUUAUUUAUUGUUGCAAAAAAGACGCUUUUUUAUCGCUGCCCUCAUUUGUCAGCUAAUUAUUUUUUCUUAUAAAACCCAGCCCCGGUUCCAUGUAAUCCAUUCUGUAUCUUAACAUGAUUCCUGUAGGUAAAAGUACAAGAAGACCUCUAGAUGUCUUUUCUUUCUAUGAAAGGAGCUGCUAUGUACACAUGUGCACACACACAGAACUGGGAAUCAACAAUGAGUUUAUCAUUCAUGGUAGAUAACAACAAUUAAGCUUGCGGAAAAGUUGGGCUAAGUGGUCACGGACUACAGACUCUGUUGCCUUGAAUAUAACAUACAAUUUGUCAUUUACUCUGCACCAGACUGAAAUGAGUAAAAUCUAUUUGAAGGUAUCUUGUUUGUAAACAUUUGUCAGAUUCUAAUUUUUUUUUCUUUUGUAUUAAAAUUCAAAAUAUGGAUGUAUAUGAAACGAAAUAAAUGGAGAUCAUUGUUCUCCCCACAGA